AAAAGGUAUAUAUAGACGUCAUCGAAAAUUGCGGCCCUCUUUCUCUCCUACUCUAGAGAGGCUUCCACGCGGCUUUGUCCUGUGUUUCCUGUCGUUGCUUUAAAAGGAAACUUCACAAUGUCCGGAGGCCUGGAUGUCCUGCAGAUGAAGGAGGAAGAUGUCCUCAAAUUCCUUGCUGCAGGAACCCACUUGGGAGGCACCAAUCUAGAUUUUCAGAUGGAACAGUACAUUUAUAAAAGAAAAAGUGAUGGCAUUUACAUCAUCAAUCUGAAGAGAACAUGGGAAAAACUGCUCUUGGCAGCUCGUGCCAUUGUUGCCAUUGAGAAUCCAGCUGAUGUCAGCGUAAUCUCUUCCAGGAAUACUGGGCAGCGUGCUGUUUUGAAAUUUGCUGCUGCUACUGGUGCUACACCAAUUGCUGGCCGUUUCACUCCUGGCACCUUCACCAAUCAGAUCCAGGCUGCCUUCCGUGAACCCCGCCUUUUGGUGGUCACUGACCCAAGAGCUGAUCAUCAGCCACUGACUGAGGCUUCUUAUGUGAACAUCCCAACCAUUGCCUUGUGCAACACUGAUUCUCCUCUGCGCUAUGUGGAUAUUGCAAUUCCAUGCAACAACAAGGGAGCUCAUUCUGUUGGCCUGAUGUGGUGGAUGUUGGCUCGUGAGGUUCUCCGUAUGCGUGGCACUAUUUCCCGUGAGCAUCCAUGGGAGGUCAUGCCUGAUCUCUACUUCUACCGGGAUCCUGAAGAGAUUGAAAAGGAGGAGCAGGCUGCAGCUGAGAAGGCAGUUACAAAGGAAGAAUUCCAGGGUGAAUGGACUGCCCCUGCACCCGAAUUCACUGCACCACCACAGCCUGAGGUGGCUGAUUGGUCUGAAGGAGUACAGGUGCCCUCUGUUCCAAUACAACCAUUCCCAGCUGAGGAUUGGAGUGCGCAGCCUGCCACUGAAGACUGGUCUGCAGCUCCCACUGCUCAGGCAACUGAGUGGGUAGGAACUACCACGGAGUGGUCCUAAUGCAGUAACAAGAAUUCAGGAGUACAGUCAGAAAUGAAAAUAAAGAUCUUUCUUACAGACUAA